CAUAAGAGCGAAGCCCAGGCCCAUAGCGAUUAAACCCUAGUCAGCAUGCCUAUAUAGAACCGAAAGAACUUGGCUUAGGGUUUGUGUUGUUCAACCGAGACGCAACAAUGUCGAAGAGAGGUCGCGGAGGAUCGGCGGGGAACAAGUUUAGGAUGUCACUGGGUCUGCCGGUGGCGGCGACGGUGAACUGCGCCGACAACACCGGCGCCAAGAACCUCUACAUCAUAUCAGUGAAGGGGAUCAAGGGGAGGUUGAACCGUUUGCCUUCAGCGUGUGUUGGAGACAUGGUUAUGGCCACUGUCAAGAAGGGAAAGCCAGAUCUCCGUAAGAAGGUGUUGCCCGCUGUCAUCGUCCGUCAGCGCAAGCCAUGGCGCCGAAAGGAUGGCGUUUACAUGUACUUCGAAGAUAAUGCCGGUGUUAUCGUGAAUCCCAAGGGUGAAAUGAAAGGUUCUGCUAUCACUGGACCAAUUGGAAAGGAGUGUGCUGAUCUCUGGCCCAGGAUUGCUAGUGCUGCUAAUGCCAUUGUUUAAGUUGGGUUUCUAGUGUUUUUUUGAUUUCUCUGUUUCUUUAAGUUGUUUCUUAUAUUUAUUUAGGUUGAGUUGCAGACAAUGAGUCACAUAUAUUGUUUUUGUUUUGAUGGGAAUUAUUGAUAGUUAAAGGAGCUUUUUUUGUUUA